AUGUCAGAAGUCACCGCUGAAGACCGAAUUCAUCCGGCCAUUCUGAUUCUUCUGACUCUAUUGACCUUAUCUACGCUGGUGAGCAACAGUUUUUUGUUGCUCGUGACCGUGUCGUGCCAACAGCUUCGUCGAAGUGUUGAUCAUUUGGCAGUCAUCAACCUGUCGCUCAAUGGAAUACUUGCCUCGAUACUCGUCAUGACGCCUUCGUUGGCCAACUUGUAUGGUCACACGAACACGGUUGGAGCAUUCUGCGAACCCCUAGGGUUCUUCACAUCCCUGCUCCUUUUCAACAGCGUUAUAACUUCACUCGUCAUCACCACCGAGAGAUUCGUUCAAGUCGCUUGGCCCAUGGCGCCUCGAGGAGACCGCCGCUCGUCAGAACUCACGUUGCGCGCAGCUAUCUCCAUCCUCGUUGUGUGGAUGGUAUCUCUGGCCAUAGCUGUCGUACCUCUUGCUAGUCUCGGUCCCCCAUCUUUCGGCUUCGACCCCGAGUCCAUGCACUGUUGGCAUAAGCUCCACGAUCAACAACCCUCUUCCAGAAGCUACAUAAUCGGCGCCCUACUGCUGGGGAUUAUAUUCCCUACCAUAGGGAUACUGAGUAUUCAUAUAUUGGUGUACCGCGUCGCUCGCCGAGUCGAACAGUGUGAGAAGUCUCGACGGGCUCUGAUACCAAUCCCGAGUAGUCUGCAAGCUGCGCGUCGAAUCAUCUUCUCGAAAGCCGCGAAAACCCUACUGUUCGCCGCCACCAUUUUCGUGAGCUUCAUAAUGCCGGAAACUCUUGUUCAGUUGUUCACCGUGAUUCUGUCUUCGAGGGGCGAAUCAUACAGCUCGUCGUCCAAAACUUACAGAAUCGCGAGUCUUUGGCUUUCUUUUCUGGGCUAUGUCCUCAACCCGAUGUUGUACGGUCUCCUAAAUCGCAACCUCCGGAAGCAAGCCAUCUGUCUCCUGAAGAUUUCCCCUUCAGGGAGCCCGCGGUCUCCUUUUAUUAUUGCGCUACUCCGGCGGUCGGCUACGUUCCGCUCUUCUAAUUCGAAUCUCAGCCGACUCUCCGUAUCGCCGAUGUUCGGGAAGCACACGAAAAUACGCAUCAGAAAAUUUGGCUCGCUGCCACAACUCUCGCACCUGAAUACAGUGACGGAUUCCCCUUCACCGGAUACAAUUUCAUUACCGUCCCAGAACGGAAUCGCGCUCGAGGGAUGUUAUCUCACCAUCCAGAGUUUGCCUACACAGCUGAAUGAGGGAAGUAUGUGA